GCUAUAUAUAAUUGUGUUUUUGUAUUGCUUGUUCAAUCAUGUAUGUUUUCCCCCUUCUGAUUUGCAUUUAGACUCAUAAAAGUUGCAAUGAUUUGUUUGGCUUGCUUAUUAUUUCAAUGAGCGAUGCAUCUGCGAGAUUGCAUUUUGGUUUGGUGAUACCGUAGUGAUUAAGAGUGCUUUGGCAUUUAUGCAUUUGCUUUAUGCUGUAACUUCUUGUAGUUUUCAUCUUCUUUAGAAUCUUGGAACCAAUUCUUUUUUUUUAUAAAAAAACAAGAAUAUUGUGAAUGUGCCUGCUCAAUUUUGUUUAAUAUAGACAAUUAACUAGAGCCAUUAAUAUUGGAGGCUGUGGGCCACUGGCCCAUUGUAGAUUGCCAACAUUGGCUUUCAUUUGCUUAUUUUAUGCUGUAAUCUAUCCUACUUUACAUGUUUUUUUAGAACAUCAUUCAUAUAAAAAGUAAAUGUUGUACCCAUCAAGUUGUUUGUUUUAGAUUCAUUCAUUUCUUUAAUCAGUGUUUUAUUCAGGUGCAUGGCACUUGGGUUGAGGAAGUUUGGUUCUUUAUACUAUUUCAUGGGCAUGAUCAUAGUCUAGAAGUGUACUUAGUCUUACAAGUUGUGGUUGAUAUCAAGUGCAGGAUUUACAUCAGUCUAAUGAUAAUCAGUUACAUAAUGGCUCUGUAAUUCUCCCAGUGCAAAUGGUAACCCUUUCACAUGUAGCUUGAUUCCGAACCACAUUUGUGCUAUGCUCAUUUUGCUGGUUAGGCAUAUCCUGGUGCAAUGUAUCUUUACUGUUGACAGUACUCUAGAAUAGGCUGGACUGGGCAUGACCUUGAUUGCAUAUUGUUUUGAUCCAUCGCCUUCUUGGUGAGGAAGAGCACUUCAUUUUUAAGUCCUGAGUGUUGGCAAAUUCACUAUUAUGUUUCAAGAUUUUCAAUAUUGUCAGAGGUUGCUUGAAUUGUUUACUUGUUAAACUGCUGCUCAGAUCUCACUUUGACUGUAUUUACCAGGAUUACUUGUGGGCAAUCUAAUUUGCUUUCAUCAUGGGCACUGUCGGUGAUAAUGAUUGGGACGAAGAAUAUUCAGUUAUUGGAGACAAGGCAGAAGUUGGGUUUUUGGAUUAUGCGGAUGAUGAAUCCCUGCAUAACUUUGAUCCAUACGAAGAAGGUCCUGUUGUGAUCUCAAUACCAUUUCCAUUUGUUAAUGGAAAGCCUCAGUCUGCUCUGAUUGGAGAAACAUCCUGUGGUUCUAUUUCUAUCAAAAACACCACUAGCGAUCCAGUGGAAUUGUGGAGUGUUAGGAUCUUUUCAUCAAAUCCUGAGGACGCCUAUAUGCUCUCAAUGAUGGAACCUCCGCCACCUGGUGCUGAUGAGAGAACCAUUAGCAGCUUUGUGGGGUUGACUGCUUUGGAGGAUAGAGUUCUUCAGCCAAGGAGUACUCUCACUAUUUGGCUGUCUUGCAAACCAAAAGAUAUUGGUUUACAUACAUCUGUUUUGCAUUUUGAUGUUGGAGAUGAGAAAGUUGAGCGAGUGGCGUUUCUAUUAGCUGAAGAUAGGGUCUCACAGUCCUUGUUUUCCAAUAUCCCUUUUUCAAGAGCUCCUUUGGGGAGGAAGAAAUUUAACUGUGAGCAAUAUGUGGCUGGUUCUCGCCCACCACGGACAAAUGCACAGUCUUUCAAGUACAAGCUUCCUCAAUAUGAAAUACCAUCAGAUGUUCGUGAAAUGAUUGAGAAUAAACAGGUUCCUGAUGCUAUUGUGGAAGGAUUGAGUCGUGGUAACUAUGCAAAAUACUUCAGUUUUCUGAUUGCUAUGGAAGAAAUUCACUUAGAGGAGGAUGUGAGAAGGCAUGACAUGGAGUCUGUGACCAUGAGGAGGAGGGGUAACCAUUUUUUGUCUCUUGAGGUUCCUGGAUUGGCAGAAAAAAGGCCAUCUCUUGUUUGUGGAGACUAUAUAUUCGCCAAGGCUUUGACUGGUGAUCCUGAGGAUACAGGUUCACCAUAUCAGGGUUACAUACACAGAGUUGAGGCUGAUGAAAUAUUCCUGAAAUUUAAUAAGGAGUUGCACCUGCGUCAUCAUGAUGAUUGUCUCUACAAUGUCAGUUUCUCAUAUAAUAGAGUGAACUUGAGAAGAAUGUACCAAGCAGUCUAUGCUGCGGAAAAGUUGGGGCCAGAGCUUCUAUUUCCUGCUGAGUCUUCUCAGAAAAGGAUUAUGAAGUCAUGUAAAUUGCAACCCUUCAAUCCAGACAUUAAUAAGGAGCAGGCAAGCUGUGUCAAAAUGAUUCUUGGUUGCAGAGGAACCCCUCCAUAUGUAAUUCAUGGACCACCUGGUACUGGAAAGACGAUGACAUUGGUUGAGGCAAUUUUGCAGAUAUACAUGACCAGUAAGAAGGCACGCAUUCUUGUCUGCGCCUCUUCAAACAGUGCAGCAGACCAUGUCCUGGAGAGACUUCUUAUCAAGGAAGAUGUUGGUGUUAGAGAGAAUGAAGUGUUUCGGUUAAAUGCUACCAGCCGGCCAUAUGUGGAUAUUAAUCCAAAUUAUAUUCGUUUUUGUUUCUUUGAGGAUAUGGUCUUUAAAUGUCCUCCUCUCAAGGCACUGAUGCGUUAUCGGAUCAUUGUAUCUACAUACAUGAGUGCAUCAUAUCUUUAUGCUGAAGGGAUUCGCAGGGGCCACUUCUCCCAUAUAUUUUUGGAUGAAGCUGGGCAAGCCUCUGAGCCGGAGACCAUGAUUCCUAUGUCAAAUCUGUGUGUUAAGGAGACUGUCAUUGUGCUGGCUGGAGAUCCUAUGCAGUUGGGUCCUGUUGUAUACUCAAGGAGUGCUGAGAGUUACGGAUUAGGAAAGUCAUAUUUGGAGAGACUUUUCGAUUACGAGCAUUAUAAAAAUGAGGAUGAAAAUUAUGUGACAAAGUUGGUGAGGAAUUACCGUUGUCAUCCAGCAAUAUUGGAGCUCCCUUCAAAGCUGUUCUAUAAGAGUGAAUUGCUUGCAGUCAAAGAUGAUAUUGAAUCAUCGUUGUAUGACUGGGAAGACCUUCCUGAUAAAGCAUUUCCUGUUUUGUUUAUUGGCAUUCAAGGAUGUGAUGAGAGGGAAGGUAGUAACCCGUCGUGGUUCAAUAGGAUCGAGGCAAGUAAAGUUGUUGAUAUAAUCAGAAAAUUAAUCAGGCACACUAGUCUAACUGAGGUUGAUAUCGGAGUUAUUACUCCUUACCGUCAGCAGGUACUCAAGUUGAAGAAAGCACUAGAGUCACUUGAGAUGCCAGAUUUGAAGGUUGGAAGUGUUGAGCAAUUUCAAGGGCAAGAGAGAGAAGUAAUAAUCAUAUCUACAGUCAGAUCAACAGUUAAACACAAUGAGUUUGACCGAGUAUUCAAUUUGGGUUUCCUUAGCAACCCUCGAAGAUUUAAUGUUUCCAUCACUCGUGCUAAAUCUUUGCUUAUUAUAAUUGGAAAUCCACACAUCAUCACUAAGGACCCAUACUGGGAUAGACUGGUAAGAUACUGUGCAGAUCAUGGUUCUUAUCAAGGUUGCGCUCUUCCUCCCCCAGAGUUUCAUGAUAACUUCGAUAAUGCUCUUCAAUACGGCAAUAAACAAAAAUUCCCGAGCGGGCAUGGUGACAAGAUGCCAAACGAGGAUAACAAUGUCGCAGAAUGCAGUAAUGACACACCAAUUCAGUACACAAAUGAAGUCGAAUGGAAUGAGUUCACUUCUUACCCGUACUCUGACGGAGCUGACAAUUGGGGUGAUGACAACUUAAAGAUGUACUCUAAUGAAACCGAAUGGGGUGAUCAUACUGUCGAGCAGCAUUAUAAUGAAUCAGAAUGUUUUGAUGUUGCUGAAAACCAACCGGAUAGUAAUGCAGGAUGGAAUGAUAAUACAUCAGAGUCGAACUUUACGAAUGUUGAUUCGACUGAAAGUGGAUCAAGUUCUUACUCUAACCAGGGUGAAAGAAAAUCACCUACUCUUUCCAGUACGAGGAAGGCAAGCGAUGAUUCAUCGAUGUAUUUCAUGCCGAAGGCUAGCAAUUUCGGAUGGAAUGAUUGAUUUUCAUUUAUGCUUUUUCUGUUGAACAAGAUUUGACUUUCAUAUUAUACAUCUAAGGAACUGUUGAAGAUUUUCAAUCCAAUAUAUUUGAUAUGAUAUUGAGUUUCA